GCGCCUUUAGUAUCUUUCAUGUCAACACGAAGCAGAUGAGUCUGUAACACUCUGUACUUUCUACCAGAAACAGCUCAUGCAUGAUUACAGUGACGCGCUUGAUUCGAGGGAGCACACGGCUGUCUGUCAUCACACCGUUUAACAGCCGUUAACGUGAAUUCUAACCGACAUGGCUCCGUUCAGUUUAAUGUCAGCUAGCGUUAGCCUGCUAGCUAAGUCCUUCAAUGUCUUCUCCUGCACAAGUUGUCUGGCAAGCUCUAGGUUUACUGGAGUCCUGCCAGCUGUUUACAUCAACCAAGUGAAAUUUCUGACGUCCCAGGCUAGCAGCCCUCCAAAAAGGCCACUGAACGGUUACAUGAGAUUUGUUAUUCAGCAGCAGCCAGUCAUAACCAGACAAAACCCAGAAAUCAAAAGAGUGGAUAUCAUCAGGAAGAUCGCCCAACAGUGGAGAACCUUGAGCCCUGAUCAGAAACAGCCAUUUGAGGAAGCCUCUCUGCGGGCCAGGGAGCAGUUUAAGAUAGACUUCCAGCACUACCAGGCCCAGUUGACCCCAGCACAGAUCGAGCAACAAGUCCAGGAGAAAAGGCAGAGGAUGGCCAAGAGGAAGUCCAUCCGCAAGAAGAGGGAGUUAACCAUUCUGGGGAAGCCCAAACGUCCUCGCUCUCCGUUCAACAUCUUCAUGUCGGAGCACUUUGAGGAGGCCAGAGGAGCCACCACACAGGCAAAGAUGCAGUCUCUGUUGGAGGACUGGAAGAACAUGUUCGGCCAUCAGAAGAAGGUCUACACACAGCUGGCUGAGGAUGACAAAAUCCGCUACAAGAAUGAGAUGAAGUCAUGGGAGGAGCACAUGGUGGAGCUCGGACGAGAAGACUUGAUCAGAGAAAAGACCCGGCCUGCCAAGAAAAAAGCUCCUGCCAAAACUCCAGCUGCAAAAAAAGGAACAAAGAAGGUUAAAGCAGUGAAGAAGACCACUGCAACGGCUAAGUCAAAAACAACCAGGAAGACAACAAAAAGUACCCCCACGAAAACUGUCAGGAGUACCAAAAAGACGUAAGAUGUGUUUACCUACUGAGUCUAGAAGGGAAAAGGUGUUCAUGACAACUGCAGACAGAUGUUUUGAGGAUCCAGGGCUGUGCUCUGAUUAUUGUUUUCAGUUGUCAUGAACGCUUCUUAGGUUCAACUAUUUCAGCAUUCAGAGUCUCACAACACCCCAUCAGUGCCUCACUUCAGUGACAAUAACAACAAAUCCCUGAAAUCAGGCUUUUUAUAAGACCUUUGCUUUAAUUGGUUGGUUCAGUCCCCCAGAGAGUUCACAGGACUGUGGAUUUCAGAAAUGUAGACAUUUGAAUGAGGCGUUUAAGUGACUAUAGGAGGUGUGGAUACUGUGUAAACGUCAGGCUUUCCUGAUUGUAAACACAGGGAAGGUUAAUGUUUCUGUUUGAAGUAAAAGAUAAGACUGCCGUUAUUCAGUAUUUUCUCUACUGUUCAAGAGAUCCCCAAACCAACAUGUUAAUGUCUCUCUCAAUACUGUGUGGAUUCCCUACACUGUCUACAAGCCUGCUGGUUAAAAACAGAACAAAUAUAUAGUUUGAUUUUUAAAAAGGCUCAGUCAUUUACUGGAAACAGCUGAUCAAUGACAUUUUUAGCAAAUGUUACUCAAACUGGAGAACAAUUAUUUCCAGGAGUGACAUUUGGUCUUAAUGGGUUUUGUGGACAGUAAGAAAACUAGAAUGAGUGCAGCCUUGUCCUUCAGAGAGAGAGUCACCUGUAGACAUGUGCAGCGUGUUGUUGGCCAGUGAUCAGUAACUUUCUACUCUGUGAAAAGUGGAUUUUGUUGCAGAUUUACAGAAGGCAUGCUCUUUGGGGUUCCCACAAAUUUAACCUGACUGAAUUCAUCCUCGCUGUUAUUACUGUACCAUAAGCUUAUAUACCUGCAACCCUCAAACUGUGAAAUACUGUAAUAUCAACAAUGACAUUUUGGUUCAACUGACAUUUUAGUUCCAAAUUAUGCAUUUCUCCAAUUCAGUCUUUUGAUCUGUUAAUAACUGUAAAAACUCUGUUAUGGUUGAUAAUAAAACAAGAUUUUUUUCCACAGUGCUUUCAUCUAAAUAAUUAUGUUUUGAUGGCAUAAAGGUCAUAUCAAAUACCAGCUGAAAACCACUUCAGUUCACACGUGGUACAAAAGAACCUUCCAUUAUGUUUAAGGAAUGUCUGUUAAUCAAAAGUACAGAUGUCCAGGUCUUCAUGUCUGUGACAGUCCUGUUAGCUAUGAAGAACACACUUUCAGUAUUGACACUUCCUUUUGUGUGUAGAAUGUAUGUGCGAUCAUUCAGACACCAUUAGCUUGGGUUUGUCUGUAUCAUGUAUUUACUGAAUAAACAUCUAUAUACACUUUUCUACAAAGGUGACCUAUUUCUGUUGUCAAAAAUUACACAUGAAUCAAUUAAGAACACAGAAAAAAACAAAACAAUGCUGGGUAAAUGAUCUUACUACAGAACUUCAAAUGUUUUAUCUACAAAAAUAUUGUUCUGGACGUUGAGGGCUCACAACUGUACAGAUUCAUUAAGACGAGUGAGGUCAAAUUAGGGCAAUUGUAUGUGUUUUUUCUCAAUGCAGUAAAAUAUUAAAAAAUAAUGACCUGCAUUCUGAUGCUUUAGAGGCUGAAAAGUGAUGAACUUUGUUAUUUUUCAAUUACAGUACAUAAUAUUGUAGAGCAAUGAUAAGAUCAUAUCUUCAUGAUAUAAUUUAACUGAAAUUCUAUCAGUGAUAUUACAUUAGUUCAGAUGUUAUGGAACAAUGAGUAAUUGUAGUUCUACUGUUGUUUACUUUGGUUAUCUCAGAUAAACCUGAAAGAGUUCAUUUGUAAUGUGCCAUCAGUACAGCAUUUUCACAAGAGAAUUACAUCUUAACAAACUGAAAAGCCUUGUUUCACUAACCCUUUUCUGGACUUUCAUCCAAACCUAAUCUUAAAUCUUAAAGUGCUUUACACAAACAAUAAAAGCAAAGAUACAGAAAUCAAAUAAAGGCAGAAACCAGAGGGACAGACAGUGCAUGACAUAUGAGAUAUUAAGGUAUACAAAUUAUAGGCAGACCCAUCGAUAAAAAAAAGAAAAAUCAUAAAAGUAAGCAGGCCAUUCUAGAGCUGAGGAUCUCUGCAGAGUAAUACCCAAACUUUAUACAAACAAGUUUAAAAUCCUGGUUUGUAGUUCAUAUAAAAACCAACUUCAUCUACUGCAGGUUUUGGAAAUUGGAUUUUCAGCUGCUGUAAAAUUAAAUAAUGUAUACAAAAUGUAUAUAAAAUAAAGCAGCAAAAACCCACUGAGAAAAAACAACAACACAAUAUCCAAGUUUGCUAAAUACUACAAAUGUUACAAAUGCCAAACUGUGCCAUGUCCAUUAUCAGUGCAAUAACAGUGACUGAGCUGUACAGGGUCUAAAACAUGACAUACAUCUCCAUAUUAAAUGCUACAUUAGUUUGCACAAUCCAGGUGUCCAUUGACUUCUGAUCCAUAACCUUUAAUCCCCUCCCGGUGGACGCUGUGAUGGACCAAACCAUCUGCUACAAAGUUUCAAGGAUCCUGGAGCAAGCUCACAAUCAUGUUGGCUGCUGUGCUGGUGUGGAUUUGCUGAUAGAGUGUAAUCAGGUGAUCUGUGCUCAAGUAACAAUAUAUGACUGGGUCCUUUUGGGUCAUUGGGUUGAGUUGGACAUCAUGUAAAUAUCACAUCAAAAAAGGCAGUGUCCUCUGGCAGUGUCCUCACUGCUUCACACAGGCAAGAACCAAAGUCCUAU